CGGGGUGUGGUCUGUAUUGACAGUAGAUUUGAUGUCACGUUUAUUUGAAACAUGGUUAAUAUGUGGCAGAAGUGUAUAUUUUCUGUGAUUCUGUUCCCCAUACUAGCUUCUGCAGAAUACGACUGCAGCGCAUCAGGCCACAGCGUCUCCUGUACAGCCAUACAAGAAGACAAUUUAUAUGACAACUUGACAGUAGCAUUAACUACAAACGAAAGUAAUGAACUGCAAGAACUGAAAAUAGAAAAUAGCUUUAUUUCUGUUGUAAAAGGUGGCAUGUUCCUCAAUUUUCCAAACAUUCAAGUUUUACGUUUGAGAAACACCUCAACACAGACAGUAGAAGAAGGAGCAUUCGAAGAUUUAUACAACUUGACGAAGAUUUACCUAACAGAUAAUUAUUUGCAGGACUUCAACUCAAAUACUUUUGCAUCAAACAACUCCAUACGUAUUCUGGAUCUGUCGCACAACCUUUUAAACAACCUAGACAGUUUUGAUAUAGAACUGAUUCCAUUUUUAACUAUAAUGAACAUUUCUCAUAACAAAAUGGAAUACUUACCAGAAGGCGUACUGAAUAAGUUGAAGGAAGAAAAUCACUUUUACUUGAUAAUAGAUAACAAUCCCUGGAACUGUUCACACCCCAAAUGGAUUGAACAAUUGACUGAGAUAUUAGUAGAAGCAUUUUGUAACGGUAAAACGUUUGACCCCAGCGAAGUGAACGCAAAGGAGGCGAAUUUGGUAAACCUACAAUACAUGAAUAACACCAAAUCCUUAACCGAAACUGAAAACGACAACUUCUUUUGCAUAGGAUACUCCCUGAAAAAUUGUUUGCUGUGGGCGUUUGGCGGUGUGUGGGUUGGGGUUAUAUUAGGGAAUAUGUGCAAACUGAAACGGAUGUUGUUUACCACUCCUAGACGGUAUGAGGAUAAAAAUACUCAGUGUGAAUUUUCAUGGAGAGAACCCUUUUUAAGAGAAGAGUACAGUAAAGCAGAUACCCAAAACAAGAAAACAUCUAGUAGAGUUAUCAAAGUAAUAUAGCAAAUUCAGUAGACGAAGAUUUUUUUGGAAAAUGGAUUUGAUACAAUAGAUCUCCUGCGAAAAAUUUAGACUGAAGUAAUGCUAGAAUAAUUUUUGUACUAUAUUUUUACUGUAUUUAUUUGUAACCAAACAUGUUCUUAGAAUACAUUUUUAUAAAAAUA